AGAAUUGCCAUCCCUCCCAAGACCCGCCCCCUCUCGGUUUCUCCCUGCCUGGUCUUGGUCAGGUGUCUGUGGUACCACGACGUCAACUUUCCUUGUGGGAAACCGAUUCGGGUUCGUGUUGGGACACACGCUGACAAGGCCAUGCUCAGACGGAUAUUACAAAUGACUCCUGGCAAAGGAGGCUCCCAGAAUGCAGAGUCAGAGCAGCCCAGCACGGACGUUAACCAUGAUGAAACCUCUGAGGGCUUCAUCUGUCCUCAAUGCAUGAAGUCCCACGACUCAGCCGAAGACUUGUUCAAGCAUUACGAGCUGUUUCACGAAACUGGAGACCUUCCUGCUCAUGUGGCCCCUACCAGGGAGGACCUAACAAUGUUACGGCAGGAGGUUCAGGACCUUCAUACAUCACUUAAGGAGGAACGAUGGUUCUCUGGGGAGCUGAAAAAAGAAUUAGACAAAGUCCAAGGACACCUGAAGCAAAAUGACGGACAGAUAAGCUCAGAGGAUUCAGUUUUAGAAAAGAAGUUAAACGAAUCAGAGACAGAAAAUUUUAACAUCAAGCAGAAAGCCGCCCAGCUGGCCGCAGAGAUAGUAGAUAUAAAGUCCCGUUAUGAUGAAGAGAAAAGUUUAAGGGAAGCUGCUGACCAGAAGCUUUCCAAUGUAACUGAAUUGCUUCAGCAAGAGAAGAAAGAAAAUGAGAAACUCCAGACUGAACUGCUGCAACGUCCGGGAGUGGAAGACGUUGAGGUACUGCAGAAGGAGCUUGUGCAGGUCCAGACAUUAAUGGACAGCAUGACUCGCGAGCGAGAGGAGGAGUCUGAGCACCUCAGAAACCACUAUGAGCAGCUACAUGCUAAAUUCACUUCCUCUGAGAUGACUAUAUCACAACUGAAAGCAGAGCUGGAGAAGGGGCCACAGGAAGCAGCUGUCUAUACACAGCAGAUCCAUCAGCUACAGAGCGACCUUAAUAAUGUUCAACAACAACGCCAGAGUCUUUCUGAAAAGCUGGGACACAAGGAAAAGGAGUAUCAGCAGCUAGAGGAGCAACUUAAGACAGAGAAGACUGCCAAAAAGGAAGGCCAACAUAGCUUGAGAGAGAAAGAGCGGGAACUCCUGGAGCUGCAGGCCCGAGCCACAGGAACAGAAAUUUCCCUGCAGAAAGCCAAUGCAGCGCUCAGAGAGAAAGCUGAGGAGGUGGCCAAGUUGAAGGCUGAGAUCACAGACCUGGAGGUGAAGCAUGCCGAAUUGAAAGUUGAGAGAAAACAGUUGGAACAGCAGAGGGAAGAGAAGGAGAGCCAAGGUGCUCAGCAGCAGACUGAAAUUUGUCAGCUUCAUGCAAAACUAUUGGAGGCCGAGAGGCAAGUGGGUGAGCUGCAAGGUCGUUUGAAAGAACAGAGGCAGCUGUCUGGGGACAAACUGAAGGACAGAGAGCAGCAAGCAGCAGACCUGCAGCUUAAACUCUCGCGUGCUGAAGAACAGACAAAGGAAAGUGCCAAUAAGAACACUGACCUGCAGCACCAGCUGGAGAAAGCCAAGCAACAGCACCAGGAGCUGCAAGCACUGCAGCAGAACACCAAUGGCAAACUCCGCGAGUCGCAGAAUGACCUGGAGCAGGUGUUACGCCAAAUUGGAGAUAAGGACCAGAAAAUCCAAAACUUGGAGGCCCUGCUUCAGAAGAGUAAGGACAUUGUGACCCAGCUGGAAACUGAGAGAGAAGACUUGUGUGCGAAGAUUCAAGCAGGGGAAGGAGAGACUGCUUUGCUCAACCAACUAAAAGAGAAAACACACGCACUACAGGAACAGGUAACCCAGUUGACUGACAAGAUGAAGAAUCAAUCUGAGAGCAACAAGCAAGCCCAGGACAACUUGCAUAAACAGGUUCAGGAGCAAAAAACUCUCCUGCGUUCAUCUCAGGACCGGGCCCACACCCUGGAGACUUCAGUCACUGAGCUCACUGCUCAGCUCGCAGAUAGUAAGGAGAAAGUGACUCAGCUGGACUCUCAGCUGAAGGCAAAAACAGAGAUGUUGCUGUCUACAGAGGCAGCGAAGGCUGCCCAGAAAGCCAACCUGGAGAAUAACCUAGAGUCUGCCCAGCAUGCACUUCAGGACAAGCAACAGGAGCUUAUUAAAGCUCAGAAGAAAAUGGAGGAGCAAGUGCAGCGGCUCAAAGAGAGGCAGGAACAAUGUGGUCAGCUGGAAGCCUCUCUGAAAGAGUACAAAGACAAACUUCUUGCCUCGGAGCAACAUGGAGAGAAACUUGAGGGGUUCAAUAAGAAACUGGAAGCACAGGUCGUGGAAGUGCGGGCCGCAAGGGAUCAGAUGCAUCAAGAAGUGAAGAAUCUGCAGAAGGAGGCAUUUGAGGUCAAACAGAAAGCUAAGGAUUUGCAGGUUUUGUUGGACAAUGAAAAAGCAGGGUGUGUGGCACUUCAAGAGGAACUAAAGACAAAGACCUCCUCUUUGAGUGACACCCAGAAUCAGUUGAACUGCUGCGAGCAGGGCAAAGCUGCCCUUGAGCUCACCGUGGCCAAGCUGACCCAAGAAGGGGAGGCUCAGCAUACAGAGUGGGACAAGAAAGCAAAGGACCUUGCUGCAGACUUACUGAAGGCCCAACAAGAGAAAGACACUCAAAAGAAAGAGCUGACCUCCACUCAAGAAAGUCUCUCCAAGACUUGUAAGGCCCUGAAAGAAUGUCAGAGUCAGUUAGACACUGAGAGGAAGAAUCAAAAGGCAGCCAUGGAGGAAAAGGAAAAAUCAUUUGAAAAGGCAAGAGGAGAGCUUCAGAAGAAUAACGAGACCAUGAGCAAGGCUUUGAUGGAAUCCAAGCAACAACUGGAGCAAAUGAGAGAAGUCGAGAAGAAGCUGAAAUUGCAGGUGUCAUCAGUGGAACAGCAGAAUGUAAAGUCUCAGGAAGUGCUAAGGGAGAAGGAGCAAAACUUGGGGAAGUUGGAGGCGCACAUUAAGACGGCCACUGGAAGCUAUGAGAAGGAGAUGAAGAAGCUGAAGGGACAAAUUGCGGAGUUCGAGAAGCUCAGUGUUAAGAAAGUAGAGGAAGAGCGUCAACUGAGAGAGAAGGCAACAGAACUCAGUCAGCAGCUGUCUUCUGAGAGGAGCCGGACAGCACAGCUACAGAAGGCCCUAGAGCAAAGUCACGAAAGCCUCACCAAGCUCCAGUCUGACUUCUAUGGAAAAGAGUCAGAGCUUUCAGCACUACAGCAAGACCUCAAAGUAUCAGAGGACAAGCUACGUUUGAACCAGGAGGACCUGGCGGCUAACCAGACGCAUCAGACUGUCUUAGAAAAUCAGAUCCAGGAGCUAAAGAAGAACCGGAGUUCUCUGGAGCAGGAGCUAGGUAGUCGAGAUCAGAGACUCCAACAGCAGGAGAAGUCACUGAAAGAUCUCCAGAAGCAACAGGGUCAAGUUAAGGUAGAUCUGGAGAAGGAGAGGAGCAAAAUGGAGGAGCUGCUCAAAGCCAAGAGUAACUUGGAAAAGAACAAUGCCAAGCUGACUUCGGAGAUGAAAAUACUAACUGAGAGGAGUGACACGGAGCUGCGAGAGUUGCAGGAAGCCAAGCAGUUAUUGAUCCAGCAAAAACUGGAGCUGCAGAGCCAGGUGGAGGCUGCCCAGGGCGACCUCCUACUGGAACAGAAAGAGCACCAGACCACCAGGGACAGCAGCAGUCAGAGAGAGGAUCAGCUUCUCGCCAAAACCAAAGAUCUUCAAAAUCAGCUGGUGUCUGAGAAGCGAGCCAAAGAUGAGCAGGUGAAGCGAGGAGAGGAAGUGGAGGCGAAACUUGGUGUGCAGGUGACAGCGCUAAAUGAAAACGUGGCCACCCUUAAGAGAGAGUGGCAGGGUAGCCAGCGACGUGUGUCUGAGCUUGACAAGCAGACAGACGAGCUGAGGGGGGAGAUCGCUGUGCUGGAGGCCACCGUACAACACAACCAGGAUGAGAGACGCGCACUUUUGGAGAGAUGCGUCAAGGGCGAAGGAGAAAUUGAGAAACUCCAGGCCAAGGUGGUGGAACUCAGGCGCAAAGUUGACGACACGACGGCAGCCAUGCAGGAGCUGGGCCGAGAAAACCAGUCGCUGCAGAUUAAGAAGUCCCAAAGUCUUACCAGGAAGUGGGCAGAGGAUCACGAGGUGCAGAACUGCAUGGCAUGUGGCAAAGGCUUCUCUGUCACUAUCAGGAGGCACCACUGCAGACACUGCGGGAACAUUUUCUGCGCUGAGUGUUCGUCAAGGAACGCCCUAACGCCGUCCUCCAAAAAAGCCGUGCGCGUGUGUGAGACGUGCUUUGAGGACCUGCAAGGCUGAGUUGACGCUGAAGGAAAAAUACUCAAGUUGUCUUUCUCCUGUAAGAUGUACACUAACAAGGACAGAGACAGUAUUGUGGAGAAAAGGUGGGCCUUUUGAUGGCGAGGCAUCGGAGUUACGCGAUGACGUGAGAGCAAUUGGAAUACAGUAGUGUGGACAUGUUUUUGUGCCUUUGCGGAGUCUGUGAACGGCCACCAGGGGGCGACAGAAGCAAGUAAACAUCACCCAUGACUUUCCGUUGUCGUUAGUUGCAGUGUUUUGCUUCUAUAAACGUGGCUUGAAAAGCCGACGGGACAUUGAAGGCGUCACUGGGCAAGUCAUUCACGAAUAGUCAUGUAGAAAAGCACAACUGCCGCGCAAAUGUAAAUGCAAGUAACUAUUUUUGUCUUAGAAAUGAAGAAACAAAACCACAAAUCUAUAUUUUUAUUUCUACAUAAUGACACCAUCUGUCAAGGGAAUUGCUCUGAUAGGUUUGGUUAAUAGUUCAGAUCUGUGAAAGUCAUCUACAAAGGUAAAAUGCCACAAUGGUGAAAUAACACUCGCCUGGAAAAAAAGUGUCCAUCACAUGACUUAUUUCAUUUUUGGGCAUCUCUUUUUGAAGCACUAAUGUCAGAUUAGUUACUGCAUGUUGCCUUUGUGUGGCAGCCUGUAUGUGUGUGUGCGUGCGUGCGUGCGCGUGUUAACAUUGUUGUAUACCGUGACCAAAGAAUGUGAGGAGAGGGGAAAAAAAAGUUUGUUUCAGUACAAUCACCUUAUCACGUUCUGUUUUCAACACAGCACUACACGUUGUGAAUGACAUUCUUUUAAAGUGCCACACUUCUAUCUUUGAGUGUGAAUAUCUUUCAAAAGGUGGUGCUUGUUUUUUUCAAAUUGGUAAAGCAGUCAUUGUGUGUGUGCGUGUGUUUUCGAUGGAUUAACUACUGCCGGGCGUGUGCCUGUGUGUAAUGUAGGCUUGCUGUCUUAUGUCAGGAUGCACCAUGCACGACCUGCACUUAUAAUUGCCCGUUUUGUCUCCCACCUGUAAGAUUUCAAACCCUUAUUUAAUUUAUCCUCACAGUUGUCAGUCAUUUGUUACCUCUUGAAGCACUGAAGCAGGCUGUAAAAAUUGGUAUAUCUAUAUAUAAAGACAUGUUGCAUCGGGUGGCAACUUAGAAUGCCCAUCUCAGUUCCACACACACACACACUUUUUGCGUUAUUUUAUGUCUACCUCAGACUGGUAGGAGAACCUUGACGAUGUUAUGUGUCAUAAUAGUCUGCCGAGAGACCACACAGUAGCUAAUCCAAUUACUACAACAAGAGCCAGCAUUUCUGUUCUUGGGAUACUUAUUUCCAACAGCGGGCUGACAUAAUUCUUCUUUAUCAAAUGCUUUGAACAAGAGAAACAUAAAAUUUGUGUGCAUUUUUUUUCCCAGUACAAACCUGUACAUUACGCACUGAACAGUUGCUUUCUUCUUUUUGUUCUUCCCGUCCGCUGUCAAGCAUGCUAAUCGGCGAAACAAUGAUUUUGAAUGCUUUGGUUGUGAGUGAAGGCCUGUGCCUUUAUGCACCUUACCUCUGUACAAGGUGGGCCAACAUGUCAUCGUAUUGAAUAGUGACAAGAAAGAAACCAGUUGUAAUCCACUCUCACUUGAAUUAGUUCAUUUUCUAAUUCAUUACAAUGACAAGCCGAAUAAAACAUUCAUCGUUCGA